AUGGAGGGCGGCGGGGAGGCGCUGCCCGCGGACCUGCGGGACCUGGCGGGCAAGGUGGGACGUCGCCCGCCCGCCGUUCUGCUGCGGGGGCUGCGGGCCGACGCCGCCCCCGCUCCGCCGGCUCCGCCGGCGCCUCCCGCGACACCCGCACCGGCCCGCGGUGCCCACCCGCCGCUCGCCGAACGCCUCCGGACGCUCCGCCUCGAGCUGGCUUACCUGCGAGCGGUGGAUGUGAAGAUCCUGCAGCAGCUGGUGGUGGUGAACGAGGGCAUCGAGGCUGUGAAGUGGCUGCUGGAGGAGCGGAGCACCCUGACCAGCCGCUGCAGCAGCCUGGCCAGCAGCCAGUACAGCCUGGUGGAGAGCCAGGAGGCCUCACGGCGGGGCAGCUGGGACAGCCUGCAGGACCCCAACGACAGGCUGGACAGCAUCUCCGUUGGCAGCUACCUGGACACCUUGGCUGAUGACAUGGAUGAGUACUCCCACAAUGCUGCUGAAACUGCCGCUGCAUCCACAUCGGGCAGAGCCCUGGCCAGGGCAGAGCAGGAUUGGGUCAGGAUCGACCCCGAGAGGGGUCUUGCAAAGCAAGAGAAGGACAAAGAGGAACAUGAGUGGCCCCAUGUGGACCUCUCCCCACCUGCGUUGCCCCAGGAUCACUGGUUUGCUAAGGAGCCCCAGGUGGCCAAUGGGUAUUUGGGCCAGCAGUCCCCCUCUCUGGAACCAGACAGAGACACCAGAUCACUGCCAGGGGCCAGGGAGAGGUUGGGGAAGGGAAAUCCAGAUGGGAAGGCUUGGAAAGCUGAGGCUGACCUUGAGAACUGCAAACUCAACAGCAAACUGCACCUGGAGUACGAUGCCCAUUGGCGCUGGCUCCAGUCACAGGAUGAUGUGACAUUCUUAUAG